CUUUUAUAUAUUCAUUCUCAAACCUUCGCACACAGUUCUAGUUUAUCUCUACAUCAAUCCCUAACAAACUACUUUCCCCAACAUCUAUCGCUUAACCAUGGAGUUUCGUACUUUGGAAAUCAAGAUUAUGUCGGCGAAAGAUCUCAAGAAGGUCACUGUUUUCUCCAGGAUGAGUGUUUACAUCGUCGUUUCGAUCUCAGGCGGCGACGAGAAAUCGAAGCAGGUGGCUAAAACUCCCGUGGAUCGCGACGGUCAGGCAAAUCCCGCUUGGAAUUUCCCCGUCAAGUUCACAGUCGACGAGGCCGCCGCUCGUCAGGGCCGCCUGAUGCUCGUUUUCAAGCUCCGAUGCGAGCGCGCGCUCGGGGAUAGGGACGUCGGUGAAGUUAUCGUCCCUGUUAAGGAGCUUCUCGAAUCUCCGGCUGCCGGCGCUACGAAGCAGUUCGUGAGCUAUCAGGUGAAGAAGCCGUCCGGAAAACCGAAAGGUCAGCUGACAUUCUGUUAUCAAUUCGGAGAGAAAACUAACGGAUCGCCGCCUUUUGCGGCGGUGGCUGCUAAUAAAGCAGAUGAACCUGUAACGGCUUAUCCGGCUUUUACGCCGGCUUUUCCGGGUUCAAGCUCUGUAUAUUCUCCAGGGCCUACACCACCACCGCGCAAUGGGCCGGCAGCCUAUCCGCCGGCGGCAGGGUAUCCUCCAGCCGGAUACGGAUAUCCGCCGCCGCCUCCGGCGGCGUAUGGUAGUGGAUAUCCACAUCCUCCGCCUCCUGCGUACGGAUAUCCACCGCAACCCGGAUACGGAUAUCCACCGGUACAACCGCCAAAGAAGAACAGAUUUGGGUUAGGAUUGGGCGCCGGGUUACUGGGUGGAGCGCUGGGAGGAAUGCUGAUCGGAGAUGCGAUUUCGGACGCCGGCGCUUAUGAUGCCGGAUAUGAUGACGGUUUUGACGCCGGAUUUGAUUUUUGAUUUGUCACCGCCUUACGUUCUUGUGUCCAAUGUUCUUCUUUUAAUAAUUUUGUACAUAUAUAUUUAGAUGAUUACAGUGUUCUUGAUUUGCUUUCAUUAGAAAUUACUCGUGCCUCUGUUAUAAACUAUACAUUAAACCAA